GCGGGCGCCUCACCAGUCGGCAGUCGCCGUCGAACGGUAAAGAGGAUUGUGUGUUGAUGUUAUGGUCACUCGUCAUCGUGCUACGAACAGGUUGAGCUAAAUGCCCCAAAGUGUAAUUGUGAGUAGAAAAUUAUCUCGCCUCGCGUAAAUAAUAAAAUGCAUUUUUCGGCACCCGUGAAUUUGUGUGAAAAGCAGACCUCAAAGUGGCCGCGGCGUUUCAGUUUUACAAACGAUAGUGAAUCAAAACUUAAUUUAAGUGUAUUUAUAAUUUUAAUUACAAUGUUGUCACACACGACAAAUGCAUACAAAAUUGACGAAUCAAUCUCCAUAAACAAACCGAUAUUGCGACGUGAUCCAGCAGGAUGGGUUCAGUUUUCAACAGAAUACGUGCGCUGUUUUUGCAAUCUCCCGUCGUGCGUUGGAACGGCUUACAUGUGCAAGUCCAGUGGGGGCGGUUGUUUUUCCGAACUUCUAGAUCAAAGCAAUCCGACCGCAGCUUUACCAGGUGGCGAUUAUAAGGGAUUACACGGAUGCGUGGAGCUUCUUAGCGACAGAAAUCAAAGGAAAUGGUGUGAAAAUAGUGAUGGCAGCUCAUCGAAGACAAACUACAGAAAAAGAAAUCAAUCGAAAUCUCUCUUACUAUGCUGUUACCAUGAUAUGUGCAACCACGCUGAUAGUCCAGAAACCAAAAUUCUUCUUAAUGAUACGGUCUUAAGUGCCUCGACGAACGAAAGUGACAAUCGGUCAGUUGACACUAUCGGAAUCAAACAAGACACGGCCUUAUAUACUGAUUCUGAAGUAUGGUUUAGAGCAGCAACGAUCGCCGUUCCUAUUUGCGGCGUUGUCAUCUUAUUAGUGCUUAUAAUACUUGCGGUAAAGCUUUUACGUACCGAAUCGCCGAAUAACCCCACGUCCAAUACCAAAUUAGGGUUAUCGCCGUAUUCGUACAACUUAUCGCCCGACAUUAAAAACAAAAACGACGGAACGUUUCGUCAUCACAACGUCAUCGACGCAGAUUUCUUCUCAAAGGACUCCCAUCACAAUCCGGUAUACCUGAACGAGCUCGAGGACGUACGUGUGCAGGGUUACAUUCCCUUACUCAUUCAAGAUGAGAUACGAAACGUUGAGAAGAAUUGUGAUAGAAAGAACGAGACAAACGCAAAGUUAAAUCUGAUGCAGGAAUUGGAGCAGUGUUCCGUCGCCGGAUGUGACAGUUCAAAUGUGGUGUCGGGACAUUUGUUUCACAAAAGUACCGACCUCCAUUUUGGUAGAAAUAUGAUUCUAAAUGGGAGCUUGGAAAGUAGCCAGGAUACGAGUAGUGAGAAGACAUAUUGUAAAGAGUCCAUAUCUUAGAAACCUAAUCGAAAUUAUAGAUACUAUAAGGCUGUGAGUAAAUAAAAAGUUUGUAAUAUUUUUGAGACGACCGUUUUUAGAGAAAGUCGAGUUAUUAUAAGACUUAUUGUAACUUUCCUGGUUACUUUUGUGAUAUAAAUUAAGUAUUUAAUUGUUUGGUGUUAUAUCUUAAAUUUGAUAAUUGUAUAUAUCUAGUAUGUUAAGUGUCGGUAAUAAAAAUAUAAUUUUAUGAUAUGA